UGAGACUAUUUUUAAAUCUACUGUUUAAGACGUUGUGUCACAUAACAAUAUAUUGUAAUUUUGAAAAUCAAUAUGGCUGCAGUAAAAAAAAGUAGAGAAAAACAUUCUACAAAAUACUUGAAUCUAACUGAUUUUGAACGUCUUGAAAGCCAUGUUGAGUCUGAAGGCGAUUUGUUGAUAAAAAAAUUAUCCUUAAAACAAACUGAUAAACAUUUAACCCUAGAAAAGCACUUGAAUCAAGAGCGUGAUUUUAUUACCAGUCAUGAAUACAUUUCCAUUACCGAAAUUACUAAAGGAGAAAUUACAUUGCCAGAGUUUUGUACUAAAGUCAACGAAGCAUCUUCUAAUAAAUUAAAUUAUAAUGCUAAUCAAAAACCUUCGUUAAAAGUUUCAGAUUGUUUGAGUCGUCAUGAACGGGAAUUAGCAUUAUGUGUGAAACCAAAUAGUACUGAAACUAAACUUUUAGAAUUUGCUUUAUCGUGUGAAGCAAAUGAAAUUCCUAAACUAAAUAAUACAUGUCCUAUUGAUCAUCCAAUAAAUCAUCUUAGUCAAAUACAUGAUGAACAAUUUUAUCAUCUCAAUGCUUCACCAAUCAAAACAUCAAAAAUGAUUAGACGAAAACGAAGACAACUACUGCAAUCGUUUAAAAAACCAAUUGAGAUACCUGAAAAACCAUUAAAACAUUAUUCUAAUCCUAAAUCUCUUUGGGAUUUAAAAGAAGAUUGUACAGCAAAGUCUGGUUUAAAAUUAUAUACAUGUGAUGCAUCUAAACGUACAGAGCAGUGCAUUGGUGUAUUAGAAAUGGCAAAUGAAAAAAAUAAAAUUAAUGAUUUUUCUAGCUCUAUCAAUGGUCAGCGUUUUGUUGCUAAUUGCACUCAAGUUCCAAUAAAUAAUUAUACCAAAAUGAAUGAAGAUCAAUUGAAAACUUUACCUUAUUUUCAAAACUAUCAAAAAGGAAUCCCAUCAAAAAUAUUGUAUGUAAAAAAUAUUUCUAAAAGUGUCAGUGAAAAACAUUUGAUAUCUGUAUUUGGAAAAUACAACAAUUUACAAAAUGCAGAUAUAAUUUAUAGAUAUAUGAAAAAAGGAAAAAUGAAAGGACAAGCUUUUAUUGAAUUUGAAAAAAUUGAAGUGGCAGAAAAAGCAUUAGAAGAAAAUCUCGGACUUAUACUUGAAGAAAAGCCAUUAAUUAUUCAAUUUGGAAAGAAAUAAUUAUUGUUGAUAAUUUAAGUUACAAGUUCAAGUUCAUUUUGAAAAUAUAGAAACACAUUGUUCUUGUUCAUCACGAUCAAAUCUAAUGAAAAUGCAUAUCUUGUCCUCGUAAAAUAGUUUCACCUGAUGAGGUAUUAUACUCUUGGUCAACAACCAUUAAUAUUAAUUAGUAAUUGCUCAUUCGUAAAAUUACCGGAUAUAGGAUUAGUAUCUUUUUGAGUGUAUAACAGUGUUACAUAUAUUUUAAUUUAAUGUAAUAUUGUGAUGAAUAUUGUAUUUUUUGCUAAUUAAAAAAUAUUUAUUUUUAAAAACAACAUAUUUUUUUUUUAUUAGUGACAUUUCUAU